UAGGCAAUAUUGCCAUGCCGGCCGCCAGUUACCGCACUAAAUUCACAACCGAACGGUCGGGUAGAAACAAAACCUGCGAAUAGUUCGUCUUAAGCGCGCUGGUUGUAAAGGCGUCUUUUUCUUAAAGCGCUGACUUUCUUCCUCCAUUCAAAUCCGUUGAAUGUGUAAUAUUCUCCUCCACUACUAAUUGUGUGAGAGAUAAAUUUAUUUUGUGGGAAAUAUAUAUAUUCUAAAAAAUUCUGUUAUACUCUAAACAAAAUAAUAUUAUCCAAAUGUAAAAUCAAAGAAAUAACAAAAAUAAAAACCGAGAAGUUAAAUAUCCCGCUAUAAUAUAUAAAAAUACAGUUCGCUAAAAUAAUCAUCAGUUUAAUUUUUGUUUCUUCCUGAAUGAGAGACACGGUGUGAAAAACUAAAGCAUAUUUUUGUUUUUCUCAAAUUUGCAAGGCAAUUUCAAGAAAAUUAAAAGAAAAUAACGAUUAACAAAGUUUCAACAAAAAAAAAAAAGCCGCAAAUUUUUAUAACAGUAAAACUUGAAAAGAAAAGUACUCAAAAAAAAAAACUACCGCAAUUAUUUUGAAAAAAAAAAAUUAUCUAUAUUUCUCCAUUUAAAUAAAAGAGAAGAAAGUGUUGUCCUCCCGUGGUGUCAUGCAUGCACCAGCAACAACUAUCUGUAAACAGAAACACCACCUUUGUCAGCCUCAGCCUGAGUCUCAACAUCCUUUUAACUACUCUACCAGCAGCUUCAACCAGUUCCAGCAAAAUCAAAAUAAAAAAACAACGACGAGCGCUAAAAAACAAAGUCCAAAAAAUUUUGCCGCUAGUCAAAGAUUAAUCGAAUUAAAAAACAUCAUUGUUCCCUUGAAGAGAAUAUUUUUAAGUUCGCGAAUUUUAUUGCAAGUGUCAAAAAAACUGUGUUGGUGAAAAAGAAUUUGCAAAAUAAAAAAUUGAUUUUAUGUUUUCUUUUUUUUUUUUUGGGAAAAAAUAAAUAAAAAUAUUAUUUUCCUGACAUUUUUAUAACAAAAAGAGAAAAAAAAAUCAAGUGUGAUAAAUUUUUGUGGAUUAAAUCAAUUACCGUUAGACGUUAAUUUGAUUUCCUGAAAAAGAGCCUCUAGUGCUAAGAGAAAAACAAAAUCGUAUUAUUGUUACGAUCAUAAUAUCUUUUGAUAGCAAUUCAAGAAGAGAAGAAUAAAUAUUAAACAAAAUGACGCAGUUUUAUCCAAGCGCAUUUAGUUCGUCAAGUUCGCUACUCGAUCCGGACUGGAAUGAUAGCGAUACAUUUGGCCAAAAUUAUGGUAUCAUAAGUGCCGAUCCUGAAGAACUCUUUGAGGGUCUAUGUUCGAUACCGCGCAGCAUAUGCGACGAUAUAAGACUCCUCGAGUCGGCAGGUCCCGAAUUUCCAGGAAGUGAACAUUCUGAUGAUCUUGAUGAUACAGCAUUGCCAGAGAUUCGAAAUUACAAUUGUAUGUGGUCGGGCAAAUGUUCGCCGGAAAAUAGAUCAAGCACAUCGUCAUCAAGUGAUAAUGUAUCAGAUUCAGUACCAAUGGCAGCGAUAAUUGGUAACAGUCACAAAAUGAUUGCAACAGUCAUUAAAACAGAACCCAUUGACGAAACAGACAACGAAUUGCAAUCAUUUUCGUCACAGUCACGUCAAAGUCAAAUACAACAACAAACGACGACACAGCAACAACAACAGCAGCAACAACAAUAUACAAAUCAACAGAGCAUGCAAAAGAUACCGCCAGGCACGUCAUUGCUUUUAAAUUCAAGAAAAACGACAAACCAACAACAACAACAACAACAGCAGACGACACAGCAACAAAUUCAUAAUAAAAAAUUUAAAAACAGCAACAGUAUACAAAAUCCAGUGAUACCGACAACAGAAUUCAUACGUGAUCGCGAUUUAAUAUCUUCAUAUGGAUCGCCCACAUUCGGCCGGCCCGAUACACCGCAUAGUUUGGAAGAGGACGACGACGAUGCAACAGAAUUCAAACAUUCAUAUGAUUUGACAGCGUGUGUGAUGGGAUCGAAUAAUAUAUCUUUGUUGGAGGCAAAUGAUCCUGACAAAAUGAUGGCCAUCAAUAGAUUGCGCGAACAGCUAGAAGAUACUAACAAGAAGAUUGAACCAAGUCAUGAUGGCUCAUUGGCGGAUGUUAUAAGUGUCAUUGGUAAAGAUACAAUAUUCGACAAGAGUUGUCGUAGCAAAGAUGACGAUGAGGGUUUCUUCGAUCGGCAAUAUUCUUCGUCGUCACAACAAAAUAAUAGCUCAGCCGGUUGGGAUUCCUCGGAUGAUGCAUCAUCAUUUGAUGGCGAUGCAACUUCAAUGCUGUCUAAAAGAAGUGGUUGCUCUUCAUCUAUGUCGUUUUCAUCAUCGAAUCCAAUUGGAGGCAAUACUGCCUAUCCAAUCAAGCACAGUGAUCACAGCUAUACAAGAAGUAAAGACGGAAUCGAAGACAUAAGUCCAAAUCUGGAAACUCCAUCUGAUUCGGAUGAAGAAAUCGAUGUUGUAUCAAUUGGUGAUAAAAAACUCCCAACAAAUCCAUCAGACAAAGAUCGUAGAGCCCUUCAAACAAAAGUCGCUCAUAAAUUUUCAGCUGCUCGUAUUGUUAAAACACCCGGUGGCAUAAGAACAAUACCACCACGAAGACGGGUCUCAUAUGACUUACCCUAUACACCAAACAGCACUGUAAGUCCAAUCAAAUCAGGUUCAUCUUUAGCUGCAUCUCGUUAUCCAUCGCCAACAAGUACACCCUACAGCAGCAGUAGUCUUUAUUCUUCUUCCUCAUCUUCGUCAUCGUCAUCAACAAAAUACCAUCAUCAUCAUCAUCACCAUCAUAGCAGUACAUCGUCAUCGUCAAGAAAACGUAUUGCAGCAGCUAACUGCAGUAUACGAACAGGUGGUGGAAGUGGUAGCAGCAAUAGUGUCAUCAUAAAUGGUUCGAAUUCCGAUGAGUUUAUGCCACCGAGCAAGCGUCAUCGUGGUAAAAAACAAAAGACAACACCCUCGAGUGUUUCGAUUAAACGACAUUAUAGCUUAGAUGAGGUUGAUACCAUCGAGAAGCGUAAUUUACACAAUGACAUGGAACGUCAACGUCGAAUUGGUCUUAAGAACUUAUUUGAAGCUUUGAAAAAACAAAUACCCAGCAUAAAGGAUAAGGAACGCGCACCAAAGGUAAAUAUCCUAAGAGAAGCAGCUAAAUUAUGCGAGAAUCUUACGCGUGAGGAACAACAUUUAAGCGAUCAUAAAGAAAUGCUCAAAGAACAAUUGAGAAAACGUCAGGAAAUUUUAAAUCAACUUCGAUCCAAACAACAUAAAUCCACCAGAGGGUGUUGAUGAUUAAACAAAAACAAAAAAAAAAAACAAGUAACUAAAAGUUAUUUUUAAAAAACAAACAAAAAAUGCUGUAAAUAUAUAUUAAAUUUUUCUUUUCUAUAUCAAAAGAAAAAGAAAAAAAAGGGUAAAUAAUCUGUGACCAAAGGGUAAGAAUAGGAAAGAAUUGAAAAAAAAAACAAAACAAAAUAAAACAAAAAAUUAACAAUUGAAAUAUGAUAUUUAGGGAUACAACAAAUGUUUUCAUCAAAAAAUUGCUUCUUAUUAUUAUUAUUAUAUAUUCUAUAUGAAUAAACUAUAUAUUAUACAUAUAAAUGAAUAAAAUCUGUACAUAUGUGAAUAUGUAUAAAUUAGAAUAUUUAAACAAAACAAAAAAAAACACUAUGGUCAGGUGAUAAUCUCCUUUAGGCCGAUAACUGUCGAUUUUCAUUAAGGAUUUUAAAUAUAUAUAAAUACUUUUUUUUUAAUUUUUAUUUUUAUCUUAUCUUAACACAUUAUAUUUAAUUAUAUAUAUACUUAUAUACAUACAAAUUGAUAAAUCUUAGAGUAGACAAACAAAAUAUAAUUUUUUAAUGAUAUUAUAUUUUGUGUUUUUUUUUUCUUAAAAAAUUUCAUUAUAAAUAUUCGCUCUAGAAUAGGUUUCAAACGAUUGUAUUCUUAUCUUCAAUAUAUAUGAAUAUAUAUAAAUAUACAUCCACUUAUAUAUGACAUUUAUAUAUGUAUGUAUAUACAAAAUUAUUUAAAUGAAUUGCUAAAGAGCUUAACUACUAUAUAUAUACUUUACUAUACUGUCAAUGCAUUUCAAUAUAUACCUAUAUAUAUAUAUAUACCAACAACAAUAAUAAAUUGUGUCAAGCGAUUGAUUUAACCUUUGACACACCUACAAAAACAAAACAAAAUAUUUAAUAUUAGAUAAAGAAACUGAAUUUUUUUUCUUUUUUGGACAAUAAUUGUUAAAAACAUUUUUAAACAAAAAUUACGAAUAUCUACUUAAUUGGAUUAAAAUAAUAUUUCAUUAAAAAAAAAAGAAAUAACGAACCAUUUUCUUUUCUAUAUACCUAUUUAAUAUAUAAAUUUAAGUCCUAUAUCUCGUUUGAAGCAAAAAUCAUUCGUGUCGCUUAAUUGCUUUAUUCGAUUUGAUUUAAACGUGUUUUGCCAUUUUAACAUACUCUGAAAUUCUAUGCUGGAAGCCCAGUUCUCUGACAUUCUAUUUUGACCGAUUUUCAAUCUUUCUAUGCUAUUCGUCUGGUGCGUUGCGCUUCAAAUCUAUCUAAGUAGGUACCUACUUUGUGUACAUUCUUUAAACAGAAAAGAUAAAUUGAAUGAAUUUGAUUUGUAUAAUGGAUAGCAAAACAAACAAACAAACAAUAUAAAUGGCAACGUGUAGCUAUUUGCAAUUCCAAGCGAUACCACUGCCGGCAAAGAGAAAGGUCAAUGAUUCAUUUCCAAUCUUCAACCAUACCUUUUUCUCCUUUAAUUCUCCUUUUUUAUAUUUUUGUUUUCUUCUUAUACUACUAAUAUUGUAUUACUUACUAUGCCUCGCGUGCAACACUAUACAUAUUUAAAUAAAUGAAAAAUAAAACAAAAAAUAAUAACUUAUUUCUUUUUUCAACAUGAAUUCGCCGGCCGGCAAAAUUGAAGAAUAAAAAAAAAACAACAUUGAAAACAAACACCGAAUAAAAAAAAUAAAACAUAAUAAAAAAAUUAAACACAAACUGGGAAUAUCAAGUAUGCUUGCUGUGCUUGCUGCCCGCCCGAAGUGCAUGCUUUUCUCCCUCUCGAUUUUUAUUUUUCUAAAUAAUUUGUAUCUUAUUCGGUUUUGUUUUGCAUGCUACACGUGUAUCUCACAAUCGAGAAAUACGGAUACAAUAUCUUUUAUUUUUUUUUCCAAUCUUGAAUUUUUAUUUUUAAUAUGUAAAUAUUACUUGUUUUAUUAAAUCAAUCAAUCCUUUGACACCCUUUAUGAAUGAUAAUAAAAUAAAAAAAAUAAAAAAAAGAAAAGUAAAUAAACAAGGCUAACCAUAAUCAUGGAAUAUUUAAACAAAAAUAGUACAAAUAGAAUUAACGAAUAUACAAUUUGAUUACAAUGCAAAUCUUUUGAACACCUUUUUUUAUCUAACAAAAAUUACAAACAAGAAAAAAAUAAAUAUUAAAAUUAAACUUAGAAGAAACAAAAUUUAAAAAAAAAAAAACUAAAAACUAAUAAAAUAUGUAAAAUAAAACUAACAAAAUAGAAAUCCACAUUUGUUUUAUGAUUAUAUUAUGCAUACCUACCUUACUAUAUAAGACACCUUUCACCUUUUUCUUCGUAAAUACAUAUAUAUACGUAUAUAUACAUAAUUUCUAUGAAUUUAAUAAUGAAUUGAAUAAAUAAAAAUGAAAAGAAUAUAAACACCCUUUAACUGACUUAAAACUAAACUUCUGUGCUUUUUUUUUUCUUUGUUAAUUUGUAAAGAUUUUUAUAAUAUUUUUUUUUUGUGUAGAAGUGUUUAUUAUUAUAUAAAAAUAAAAUAAUGAAAAAAAGCAAAUAAAAAAUAAAAACAAGAAAUCUAGCGACACACAUUAAUUUGUGUAUAAUUCUUUUUUUUUUUAUUUGUUGCUUUCUCUAUAAUAUUAUGUAAAACAAAAACCAAAAUAAUGAAAUUCAUAAUAAUUGAUAAACUUUAAAUAACAUCGAUAAAAAAAAAUAGUUAAGCAAAAAUAUAAAUAUAUAAAAAAAUAUAUAUUAUUAUAAAAAAUGUGUAUAAAUGAAAAAAUUACAGUUCCUUUUAUAAAUAUUAUUAUUAACAAAAUAAAAAAUAAAUAAAAUCUACGCCAUCUAGUGUAGAAAUAUGAUGAUGAGCAUGAAAUAAGUUUUUCUUUUCGCAAAAUGAAGUUUUGAAUAAUGAAAAUAUCUUCUUUUAUUUUUUAGUUUUACAAUUUUUUUAUUUUUUUUUUGUAUAAAAUAAAAUAAGUGUAUUUUUGAUUAAUACCUAAUAUUAUUCUUGAUGAAAACGAAUUAUAGAUAUAGUUGAUAAGGGAAGACGGCGAAGGUUCAAAACCAUAAUUGUUCAACAAAAAGUUCGUAAAGCCCUCUUAGAGUUGUUGUUAGAAGGAUUAUUCAAGCUAGUUAGGGUGUUUUUGAAUAUAGGUACCUUUUACUAAAUUGGUUACAAAUUAGAACACUACUUUUAAGUGUAGAAAUGAUUAUAAUACGGCAAUAAACUGGAUUUGUUUUUUUUUUUUUUUCAUUUUGCCGUGUGAUUAGUGUUGUUAUUUAUACACGAAAAAUUUAUAAACAAAUUAAUUCAAAAUAUGAAAUUAAAAAAAUAUGUAUAAUAAAUUUAAUAAACUUUUUAAAAAUAAAAAAAAAACACACAAAACAAAAUCAGGGGUAAUAAUUGUUCUUAUGCAGUCGUUUUAUUUUUCGUUAAACUAAUUAAAAGUUGAGAAUUAAAAUAAAUGCUUUGAAAUAUAAAAAAAUAAGAAAAAAAAAACAAUAUUUAACCAAAUAUUUACUAAACAAAACAGAAUAUUAUAUAUUGUAUACAAAUUAUUAACAAAAUAAAAAAAAAUAAUAGGAUUUUUUGAUGAAAACAAACAAAAAGAAGAAAAGAAAAUAAUAAAAUUGGUUAAAUAAGAACAUACGAGUAUAUAAUAUUAUAUUAUGAGUAAAUAUACAACAAAAAUGUUAUAUUUACAAAUAAAACAAACAAAUUCUUUUAUUCGUUCUUCCCUUUUUUUAUUUUUCUAUAAAUAUAAGUAUUUUUUUUUUUUAAUAUAAGUUAUUUUCAAUAGUUUUUAAACAUUUUUUCGAUAUAUUUACUUAAAGUUUAUUAAAUACGUUGUUAAGUAAUUAUAUGUAAAACAAAUUAAUAAAAACAACUGUUGAUAGUAAAUUUUAAGUUUAUUUUUUUUUUCGUUUAUUCAGUGUAAUUAGAAAGCUUCAUACAUAAAUAGAUAUAUGUAACCUAAAACAGUAACAACAUUUAUGAAAAAAAAAAAAUAAUAACUAAUACAGCAUAACAUGGUAAUAUACGUUUACUCUUUUUUUUUAAACAAAAUAUUUUUUCCUUUUUUUUUAAAUAUAUGUAAACAUUUGCCCAAAUAUCCUGAAGACACAUUUAUUCACAAUUUCAGUGAGUUUGGCAAUUUAAUGAGGAUACAUCUUUAGACGAAAGAGAAAAAAUAAAAGAUAUUGUAAAAAGCUAUUUAAUGAUUUUUCAAGAGCACACAACACACAUGGAAUAUUGUUUAAUGUAAUUCUUAAAUUAAAACAAAAA